AUGGAAAUGGUUCGUGUUUGUGGCCACAAACCACUGCGUUUCGACGCUCUCUCGCGAAGCCACGGCCACAAUUCCCGAGGAGUAGUAGUAUCCAUGGCUAUUAAACGAAGCCCCAAACGUCUCAAAUACACAGAUACAACUCGUUUCAACAAGGAAGGAGGUUUGGUUUACAUUGAAGCUGAUACAUCUGGCUCUGAUACAUGGAAAUUGGAACCAGUUGUUAAUCUCUUGAGACAAGGUGCUGUUGGUGUCAUCCCUACUGAUACACUAUAUGCAAUAGCAUGUGACCUAACAAACCACUCAGCCAUUGAACGACUCCGAAGAAUCAAGAAUAUAGACGUUUCAAAGCCGCUUAGCAUCUUAUGCCACUCAUUUCGCGACAUAGAUAAGUACACAGCUGGGUUUCCACGCGGUGAUGGUCAAGGCCAUGCAAAUUUAUUCAAAGCUGUUAAGCUUUGCUUACCUGGUCCGUACACUUUCAUCUUAAUGGCUAGCAAAGCGUUACCAAAGCAGUGCAUAAGAUUUGGGACUACUUCUGCCAAAUAUGCGUCAAGAAAAAAUGUGGGUGUCCGUAUGCCUGAUGAUGCCAUUUGCCAAGCAAUACUAAAGAAGAUGACUGCACCAUUAAUAUGCACAAGCAUCAAGUUCCUCAACGAAGAUGAAUGGAUGAUUGAUCCAGUUAUGAUAGCUGAUACAUAUGGACCAGAGGGCCUUGAUUUUGUUGUUGAUGGUGGUGUAAGAUUGGCUCAGUCGUCCACUGUGGUCGACAUGACCAAAUUGCCUCCUAGAGUUCUACGGGAAGGAAAGGGUACAAUUUCAGACUGGAUGGUAUUGGAAGAAGAUCAGGAAACUGAUGUUGAAGAGGAUCUCAUCCCUGCUGCCAUUUGA